UUGCAUAUAAAAUAAAUCAAUAGAGUUUAAUUUACAAUUUUUAUAUAUUCGUGACAUGUGGUAGAUCUCAGCCAGCUGAUAAGAGAAAAAGUAGAUCUCACAAACUUUGGGUACCCCUGCACUGCACUAGUGUAUCUUUUUAGUCCAACAAAAUCGGGGUUUUCCUUUUCUUUUAUUCUGAAAAGUUGUGCAUGACGCGUCACGUCCACUUCCUGCGUUUGCACGCCAGAGCUCUGUCUAUCGUUUGAAUAGUUUUUGUCUGUUUUUAAAAUAGGUUUGAAGGUAUUCUUUUAACAGAUUUUUAGAAUUUUUGCUCCUGUUUGUGUUUUUUGUAGUUCAUUCUGUUCGCAUUACCACAGUUAAACAAAACCGCUAAAAUCAGGUUAACGGCUAACGUUAGCCGAAAGCAUCAGCAGUUAACCGAUAGCUAGCGUUAGCUUUCAUUUAGCACCAAUCGAGAGCUUUUUAUUUGAAGCUGGUCUUGCGGGUUUAUUAAUUCUCUAAGAGCCCGUUCUGCAGCAGACUAGAGAUGAGAAAGGCCAGAGCGGGCGGUGACGAUGAAGCUGUCCGGCAGAACGGGUCGUCCAGCCGGAGGAGAACCGAUCAACACCCGGGUGAUGGAGAGGACCAUGACUCGAGCUCCUGUGGUAUGCAAGACGAUGAUGAUGACAACGAUCUGGGCCUCAGGAGAGAAAUCCGAAGCAAAUACAGGGACCUCAUCAACUCAGUUCAACAAAACAGAGAAGACAUGCUGAGUCCUUCCAACAACAAGCUCACAGAAGUCUUAGAAGAGGCAAAUAAACUUUUCAAAGAUGUUCGACAGGCAAGAGAGGCGGCGCUCGAUGCUCAGCUUCUCGUUGUGGCCACAGACUUGGGAAAAGAGAAAGCCAGUCAACUGUUUUCCGAGGGGAGUGCUUUUGAUCCCUCUGCUUUCGCUGAACAUCUGUUGUCCUUCAUGGGUCUUAACCGUCUGGAGGACGAGGACGAUGAGCCACCCAAUGGCUGUCCCAGCGAUGGCUACCUCCCCAAAGACGCCUGGCACCGGCUGGCCAGGAGAGCCGAGUGCUGUUUCAGGACGGCGCCUUCUUUCCACUACAUGAUGGGAUCUUUCUACACGGAGCCACCGCCUCCGAAGCAGAGAAUAGAGCGGCAAAGGAAAGCACCAAGCAAAGAAGCCAAGAGGAUAAUGCCCACUCAGCUAAAGAAAAUGGAAGAAUCUCAUCAAGAAGCUACAGAGAAAGAGGUUGAAAGAAUCCUGGGAUAUCUGAAGAGUUAUUAUCAAGAUGACCCAUCACCAAUAUCAUAUUAUGAAUUUGUCAUCGACCCCAACUCGUUUUCACGGACAGUGGAGAACAUUUUCCACACGUCUUUUCUCAUAAGGGAUGGUUUGGCACGUCUCAAGUUGGAUAGUGACAAGUUGCCUUGUAUAGAACCAGUAGAGGAAGAAGAGGUGGAGGCUGCAGGUUCAUUCAGCCGCAAACAGUGCAUUGUUUCUAUCAGCCCAAAAAUAUGGAGGGAGCUAAUAGAUGUUUUUGAAAUCAAAGAGACAAUAAUUCAGCCUCCGGAGACGCAGAGCGAGUGACGACGGCGCUUCCUCCUGUCUCACUAGUUUUAAAUAACAGCUUUUUUUUACGUCCGUUUGAUUCCAAACACCUUUGUUUGAGUUUCAUGGGACCAGAUAAUCUUUUUACUGUUUUUUGUCAGUAAGAUUUUGUGUACAUUGUUUUUUUAUUCAUGUAGAAAAAUAAAUCUCUUUAGGAUUUCACAGAUGUUUUUUGUGCCACAACAGAAAUUAAACAUGAUUCACAUUGUGUUUAAUUGCUUUGAUAAUAUAAUGAGACAGUCUGAAACAGUUCUUCUUGUAACUUAAGUCAUUUAAUUGAAAAGAAAGUAACAGAUUAGUUUAAUCUUUAAUGAUAUGAAAGAUUCAGUGUGACAUAAGUUUUGAAUACAUCUGACAGACCUCUGCUUCAUUUUUUUAAAAGCUUUUUUCUUGUAUUUUCAUCUUAUCCACAUUAUCCUAACCAUCUUAAGCCUCUAUGCAGUACUCGCACUUUGUUUACACUGUUGUACUUCAUUGAGAAAAUAUGUUAGCUGUGUCCCUGUUCCACGUUUUUGGUAAUUAAAAAUUGUUUUUGUCAAA